CAAGUAAUAAUAAACCACAUAAAAGUGUUCGUAAAUACAAUUUUUAUUUCAUGUGCGUACUCACAUGGCUAGUCCUUCUUGUUGACGCUCUCAAAUAUUAAGCAACUUUUUAUAUUGGUAAUAUACAAGACUGAACAUUUGAAUAUAGUGACAUAACAGCUAUAAACAUUUAUUAUUUUCUUUCUACACAUUCAAACAAAGAUUUAUAAAUAAACAUUAUUGUGAAUUGAUAGAUCGUUGAUUCAUAGAACACUGCUACACACGUGGCAUGAAGACAUUGGUCUUAUGACAUAUGCGGCCAGUGUAGCUCAAGCCCAGCCUUCGCACUUGCGCAGUCUGGUUAGGGGCUACGGUUUCCUCUAUAAAAACACGCAAUGUUUCAAUGUAUCUCUUGAGUAUGCUCAUCAGUAUGCAUACCCUGACAAGACUGCGCGGAUGCGCAGGCUGGACAGGAGCUACGUUGGCAGCAUAGAGCAUAUGUCCCAUGUUUGCAUGACGCGGGUCUUCAUCAAUCUAAUUGCGCCUUGUAAAUGAAACAUCAAACCAGGAUACUUUCCGCUAGAAAAUUGAAGUUAAACUGUGUUAUUUAUAGCAAACUGGUAGGUGUCAGAAGCUUAUUCUGGCUUUCAGGAAAGAUUUUCAGACAAAAUUACCGCGUACGUCACACAUGUGUGGCUAGAUAAAUAAGCGAUUUCCCUUCUAUCAUGGACACUAUACUAUGUCGGUAAUUUUGCCUCACAAUUCAAGACAAAUGGCAUUUACCGAUAGGUUUUCAUUCAUGUCUUUCCCAAAAGUUCGUUUGAUAUAUUGAAAGCAAUAUUGUGUUAUCAACGUAAGGCGUUAAUUAUAGUACAUUCCUCCUUCCCCUGACGAUUUACUGACCCAGCACUGACCUUGAAAGUCUUUGGCAUUCAAUUUACCGGUAAUGCGUGAUUGUAACUUGGCAAAAAUGAACUUGCGGAGACCAGUCCGCAUUUCCCUACACUGAUUAGUGCUACAUCCUAUUCUACAACGACUCGGCGAUGUUGCCCGUUUUCCGGGCGAUAAUGCUCAAAUCAGCCAAUGGAAUGAAUUAAGUUUAUUCGUUCAGGUCUGCUGGCGUUAUGUAAAGGUCAUUUAAGGUGCAAAGCUGAGUUAAACAGCUAUGCCGAAACCAGAAUGAUACAAGGUGAGAAAGUGUGUGCAACCUUAUGAUAGGAAUUCCCACUAUUGUACCAAGUAAGUACGUAUUUCGCUGUGAUUUAAACAUCAGAAACAUACGGUAUUUUGAAGAAAUAAUAUUAUUCCAGCCAUAUUAUUUUAAGAAAAAAACAACCCGUUGAAUGCAAUCAAAAAAGCUGUUUCUUUUUAGCCUACGAAUUUUAUUUCCGACUCAUCUCCCUUACGAAAAUGCUGUUUUGAAUGGUAUAUGUUCUUAAUGUUCGUUGUUUAUUGUUGCUAUACACACACACGUGAAUAUCAAUUCAAAGAAGUAUAUUUCAUGACAGAACUGUUGUAAACCUCGUUGCAAUAUUUGUUUAUUUUUACAAUUAUAAAAGUGAUAUUUUUCUGAAAAUGUUAUAAUGUAACAAACUGAUCGAAAACUCAACCUAGAGAAAUACAAUAAGUUAAUAACAGUAUGGCUCGAUCUGAUUAGAUGAAACAAUCAGCUGUUGCAUAUAAUUUAUGAAUUAGAAUUCCAAACCGUCAAAAGGGAUAUUGGACCAAGUUCACUGUUUCAUGUUUUCAAUGUUAUACAUUUCUUCUAAACACAAAGGACUAACUUGUUUUACUCGGUACUAGCUUAAAUAUGCUUCAUGUUUAGGUGGCACACAAUUCGUCAGCGUAUUGGAUGCUGCCAGUAAAAAGAAGGCACGAGAUGAGCUAAAUGAGAGGAACGAGAAAGACACGAUACUGGCGGUACAGUCCCUAAGAGAAUGGGCGUUACAGCAAGAUUGGCUGAAAUCUCCAACAGACUACGCAUUUCUGUUGCGGUUUUUGAGAUUUCGGAAAUUCAGCCAACUAGAUGCGCGGAAGGCACUCGAGAAGUUUUGGACUGUGCGAACCGGAAGGCCAGACUGGUUCACAAACGAGGAUCCGUUUGAUCCUGUUCUUCUGAAAUUAAUGAGAAUGGGCGCAUUUUACGCCAGCCCCAAGCGCGACAAGCACGGGAGAAUUGUUAUGUUUGGCGGGUUCGAAAAACUGGAUACCGAAUUUUUCAAAUCUGUUGGCGUUUCCAAGAUGUACCAUAUGAGCGCACUGCUCUGUGAUUGGUUGACAUUCAACGAGCACGCGCAGGUCAACGGUGUCGUUUUUGUGAGCAAUUACGCUGGGAUCACUUGGAGCAUGAUUACGACCUUAUACAAUCCUGAAUUCGAAAAGGAAUUCACGAGUUAUUUUCAGAAAAGUCUGCCAAUACGCGUUAAGUCUUUGGACAUAUUCAACGAGCCGCCUUUCUUUGACGCCAUCUGGGCAAUGGUUUCUAUCAUCCUGUCGAAGAAAUUGAAGAGCAGGUUUCAUCUACACGGGAAAAGCUUGGUGAAGAUAUACAACGAAAUAGGUUACGAAUGCAUCCCAGACGAGUACCUACCCGACGAUUAUGAAGGCCCCAGGGCCGGGACUAUUGCGCAGGUGGUUGAAAAGAUGAUAGAAGACAUGCGUCGCCCUGAAUUCCUGACAUACAUACGGGACCUUUCCAGCGGAAAAUAUGGCGUCGAUAAAUCCCGCAUACCCGCGAAAACUAGUGACGAAUCUCCCGCGGCCUCGUACAGAAAAAUAAACACAGACUAAUGUAUUCAGAAACUACAUGUGUCCGAUGUAUUAGACAUGCGGUAUUUAGGUGCGGCGAAAUAAAAUUGAACAGUCUUAUUUCAGACUAAUAAAUCAAUAAUGAGACGCCCUUUACAUUUAUUAUUAUAAAAUAUUUGUGUGUACAUGUUGUACAUUGUUUGAAAUUAGUACGUAUAUUUGAAACAAACUCGAACACAUUCAAAAUCAUCACUUUCUCGAAUUCUGCCCAGUCCUUUAAAGUUUCGUGUGUUUGUUGAGUUGUUGUUUUCGCCGUUUUCAACAGUUUUUAGUUUUUACACGUCGGAAAGAUUGGUCAAAACAAAUAUUUCAUGAUCAGUCUCCCAACAAGUUUUGUGGCCGGAGAUUGAUCGAAGCUGCUCUCCUCGGAUUUGUAUUCAAGCGCUCUACCAAUAGAGCUAGCAUGGCAUAUGAUUAUUUAAUAAAACUGUAUGUUUUUUGUGUGAUUUAAGAGUGUUGAAUAUUAAUUCGGAUGUAGAAUGUAUCUGUUUGAAUUUAUGGAAGAGAAAUGGCUGCGACAUUUUUGCAGCGGACAGAACAUUUCGAGGGCUGAACGGAAACCUGUCGUACUUCAUUCUUUAUUUAAUAUGAAUUACAACAGUCUUCCGUUCACCACUCGAUUUAUUGGUGCUUACAAUUGAAAAAGUGCAUGUUAUUUCAAAACAUACCGUUUCUGUAAAUUGUCCCUUCAUGUGAUACGAUAUUUUCUGUCGUUUUGCAUUGUUCUCAUUACUGAAUCUCCUCGUGUUUUAUCUUUUAUUUUUUAAAUAAAAUUACAGUUUAUGAA